AUGGCACCCUCAAUCAUAGAAGCCUCGUCCGUUCCCCCGUCUGCAUCGAAGCAAAUCGAUCCAAUUCCUACUCCCAAGUCCACCGAUACCCACCAAGAGCACCAAUAUCUGAAUCUCAUCCGCGAAAUCCUCGACACGGGAGAACACCGACCAGACAGAACAGGAACAGGAACCUACUCCCUAUUCGCGCCCACGCCUCUAAAAUUCUCCCUCUCCUCCCCCUCCGGCUCGCCCAUCCUGCCCCUGCUCACCACAAAACGCGUCUUCCUGCGCGCCGUCCUCGCCGAGCUCCUCUGGUUCAUCUCAGGCUCCACGUCCUCUCUCCCGCUCACGGCAGCCGGCAUCAAGAUCUGGGACGGCAACGGAUCGCGCGAAUACCUGGAUUCGGUCGGGCUCUCGCACCGCGCGGUCGGGGAUCUGGGGCCUGUGUAUGGGUUCCAGUGGCGGCAUUUCGGCGCCGAGUAUGUAGAUGCGCAGACGGAUUAUACGGGCAAGGGCGUCGAUCAAUUGGCCGAGGUGAUCUACAAGUUGAAGAAUAAUCCGUAUGAUAGGAGGAUUAUUCUCAGCGCGUGGAAUCCCAAGGAUUUGAAGCUCAUGGCGUUGCCGCCUUGUCAUAUGUUUGCGCAGUUCUACGUUUCGUUUCCGAAGGGCGAGGAUGGGGUGAGGGGGAGGGGACGCCUGGAUUGUCAGCUUUAUCAGAGGAGUUGUGAUAUGGGAUUGGGUGUGCCGUUCAAUAUUGCGAGUUAUGCCUUGUUGACCCAUAUGCUGGCGCAUGUGUGCGAUCUGAUGCCGGGGAUAUUUACGCAUACGAUGGGAGAUGCGCAUGUUUAUGCUGAUCAUGUGGAUGCGUUGAAGGUGCAGUUGACGAGGGAGCCGAAGGAGUUUCCUGAAUUGGAGAUCAAGAGGGAGAAUGGGGGGAGUAUUGAUGGGUGGAAUGUUGAGGAUUUUGUGGUUAAGGGGUACGAACCUCACAAGGGGAUUGCUAUGAGAAUGUCUGUUUGA